UCGUGGUUUUCGUAAAGAAAAUCUGUUAUCAUUGAAGAUACGCAUUAUUUUGUGUAUAACCGUGACAUAUCAACGCAGUUUGGAGUGGUGAUGACAUAUGUUAAGCACUGUGAGCUUUGACAUAUUCGGAAACCGAUUCUUUUGAUGUGAAUUUUCAUCCUGCAGAAUUUGCGAUGUCUUUGCCUUUAUUACCAGUAAAUGUGGACACAGUGAAGGUAGAGGACCAUCCUGAGUUGUUGGCUUGUCGCAUUUGUCUGUCUUGGGAUGUGAGAUUGUUUAAAAUUCACGAGUCUGGAUUAGAUCAAAUGUUUUCGGAACUUAUGGGAGUUUCGUUAACGGCACAAGAUGGUCUACCUCAGUACUUAUGCGUUUGGUGUCGCACUCUCCUGCUAAAGGCGGGGAGAUUGCGAACCUGCUCGAGACGAUCGGACAGCUUACUGCGACAGGUGCUUACACAUCAACAGACGAUAACAAACGCAUACAUCCGCACUAUCGACCGUUCUAUACACAAACUGACACACACACUCGCACACAACUUAAAAACUAACAUUCAGUAUUACUCAGAGCAUGAUAAAACUUUCGAAAAUGUUCAUCCAGAUAUUAAUAGUAUUAAAGAUGAGAUAGAACCAAAUGAAAAUUUUAACGAUAAAGUUGAUAAAGAAAGAGGUAUAUUACAGAUUGAUAUAAUUGAAAGUGAUAUUAAAGCGUUUGAUUUAAAUUGCGAUGGUGUAGCAGAUAAUACUGAUGAUACUGAUGAAGAUUCUAAAAUUAAUCUUAAAGAAUAUAAAUAUAGAAUGUGUUAUGAUAAUCUUGUGCCAGAAUCGGUAGUUGAAGUUAAAAUAGAGACUAAAGAUAGACAAAUAAAAAAAGGAUGUAAACUAAAGGAAGUUAAAGAAAGAUUAAAAAAAAAGAGACAUUCAAAAGUUAAUAAAGUAAGAAAGAAAGAUAAAGUAGAAACGAAAAGUGUUAAAGAUGACGCAGAACCGGGAAGGUUUUUUACAAUAGAAGAAAUACAAGAGUUUGUCAAAAAGCAUAAUUUUGAAAUCCAAUAUUUGACGGAGGAGGAAAUGGCUGAAGAUAUGGAAAGGAGGAAAGUGUCGGAUAGGUACAAACAUUGCAAGUUUAAAUGCAACUUGUGUUAUAAGGGAUUUCUGACUUCUACCACUUUUGAUAAUCAUAUGAAGAAAGACCAUGAUCCGCGUAACGCAAAGAACGAGUGUCGCUUGUGCCGCGUCAGCUACAGAUACGGAUUCUAUCUCAAGCAACACGAGCAGAACGCUCACAGACUGCGUUUGCGUUGCGGCGAAUGUGGGGACGGCGUGUGGGGCAGGAAAGAAUGUGUUGCGCACGCGGCGCGCCACGCCGGCACCACACGGCAGUGCAAGUAUUGCGGAAAGCACUUCCUUAAGAAAUCGUCGUACACAUGGCACAUGCGAGCAGCGCAUCCCGUGGAGAAUUCAGCGCGCGGCUCAUGUGAGCUCUGCGGGGAGAUAUACACUAGCGCGAAAGGACUUAAAGCGCAUAAGUUAUUGGCACACAAUAAGCGUUCAACGCCAGAGUUGCAGUGUAGUGGUUGCCGCGCUCAGUUCGAUAACAGAGAGGCGCUGGCCAAACAUGAAGACCAACAAGUUGACGACAAGUGUGAUCCUGACUUAAGCCCGUGUGCGUCGUGCGGCGCUGGCUGCGCGGGCGCAGAGACGUUGCUACGUCACAUGCACGCGCAGCACAAUGUCGACAUCUUCACUUGUGACCUUUGCAACAAAUCCUUCCUAUCCAAGUCGUCACUCUCCACCCACAUAGAUCGCGUCCACCUCGGCAUCAGGCCUCUACAGCACCACCAACUAACGCAGUACAAGAAGCAUAGCAAGCGGUCUGUGCAGCCCUCGAGACGGGGACACGAUCAUAUGUGCGAACACUGCGGGAAGGCUUAUACGACACAUCAGUUUCUGAAAAACCAUCAGAUGACUCACACGGGAGAACGGCCCUUCAAGUGCGACCGCUGUCCUAAGGGUUUCACCACGGCUGUGCAGCUCACGUGGCAUACAAGAACACACACAGGAGAGCGUCCGUUUCAAUGCGAUCAGUGUCACCAGGCGUUCAGUCUAGAAGGCAACCUCAGGAGGCACCGCAAAGCUGUGCACCUCGGUCUACGCAAGAACGUGCCGUGCCCGCGCUGCGAAAAGACCUUCUCCACUAACUCCACGAUGAAGCUGCAUGUGAGGACAGUUCACGAUGGGGCGCCUUGGCCGCGCCGCGACCGACGGCCGAGGAAACCAAUGCUAGUUACUGAAUAAAAAUAAAAUUAAUAUUAUAGAACUCAAU